AUGACUGCAUCACAAGGACAGGCACCAAAAUCAGCAUGGAUUGCGCUGGAGACCGGAUCUCAGAAACUGCAAAUACAAGACGGUCAACCACAGGAUGCAGACUUCUCCUCUGAUUCCCCUCAACUACCCGUAGCGUGGGGCACCUUGAAGAACGACAUAAACGAGAGCGGAUGGGCGUUCCUUCAAAUCGAGACCAAUGAACGUGCCAAGGACGAAGUCCAAGCUUAUGCAGCAGGAGCCCUGGAGGCGUACCUCACGCGGCAGCUGAUCGAGAACCACUGGACGAACAUGUUCGGAGGGUACUGCGAGAGCCAGCCAGAGUACUGCCGUGAUUUGGAGCAAUUUUUCGCCGAGAACAACAAAUACUCACAACAGCAGCAGCACCUCCGAAGACAUAACGAGUCGUUCUGGAACAUGGUCUAUCUUCAAAUGAAGCAACUCGCGGGUCUCAGCGAUGAAUUGGAAAACAAGACUCUAGACUUUUCAAAUGAAGUGACUGACGUACCGAGAGCCCAGUACCUCAACGCUCAGGGAGACAUCCAGGAUUUGGAACACGCCCUGGGACGCGAGGAAGACUUCUAUUCAAUCGAUCAGAUAAUGGCUUGUUCGGCCGUAGUCAAGGUCGUCGGAGACUCCGAGGGCCUGUACUUUGGUCAUGAUGCUUGGAGGGCACGCACGCGAAAUGGGCUUCCAUUGUACUACCGCUAG